AUUGAAUAGAGAAGGAAGUAGAUUAAACAUAAUAUAUCCGUAUACAAAUGGGACGGUACUGCUUUGAUUUUGCAAGGAAAACGUAUGUAUUUAGUAUAAAAUUAAAUGAAAAAAGAUGAGCGAUACGAAUAUAAAAGAAAUAAUUGUUGCGGCGAUAGAUUUUGGAACGACAUUUUCUGGAUACGCCUACUCUUGGAGGGAUGAGUACGUACGAGAUCCACUGAAGAUCUAUUCAAAUCGAUGGGUUGGCGAGGGACCUCCGCAGGCUCCUACCGUAGUAUUGUUCAGCAAUGAUAAAAUGGAAUCUUACUUUGGAUUUGAGGCGGAAAAGAAAUACGCUGAUCUUACAGAUAAAGACGAGCAUGAAAACUGGCGAUAUUUUCGAAGGUUCAAAAUGGAUCUUCAUAGAACGAAGAAACUCACACGGACCAUGACAAUAGAAGAUGAACAAGGGAGAAAGAUGCCUGCGGUGGAAGUUUUUGCCGCUGCCAUUAGACAUUUGAAGAAACAUUUUAUGGAGCAGGCUGAGAAUAGGAUUAAACUCCAGGAGAAUGAAAUUCGAUGGGUGAUUACUGUCCCUGCUAUCUGGAAUGAUGAUGCCAAAGAAUUCAUGGUAGAGGCGGCAAAAAUGGCUGGAAUAAGAGAAGAUAAAUUAUCACUUGCAUACGAGCCGGAGGCUGCGGCUAUCUACUGCAAACAAAUAAGACUCGCAAAGCUUAGAGAACAGGGAAAAGAUGCAACAAUUCAACCGUUUCCGCCGGGAUUUAAGUUUCUUGUUCUAGAUCUAGGAGGAGGAACUGUUGACAUUACCGCACAUGAAGUGCAAAGAGACGACACCCUGCAGGCACUUAUGGAACCUUCAGGUGGGAAAUGGGGUGGUACUCUUGUCGAUGACGGAUUUUUAGAAACAUUCGAAGGGCUAUUUGGAAAGGAAUUUAUGACAGGCCUAAAGAAAGACAUUGAAAACGCCGAAUCAAAACGCGAACUUGAUAACGAAAUUGAAAGCAAGAAGAAAACUAUUGUUGGAAAAAGUAAUCCAAAGGCUGAUUGCGUAAUUUCAAUGAAACUACCAUUCGCAAUGAUGGCAAAAACAAAAUCUGCUCAGUUUAAAAGCGCCCUGAAGGGCAAACAAAUCGAACAUAAAAGAGAUAAAAUUCAAAUUCACAAUUCAAUUUUGUUGACGGCUUUUGAAACUUCAGUUUCAAAAAUAGUAGCACAUCUUGAAAUGUUGCUGAGAAAACCCGAAUUGAAACGUUUGGAUGCUAUUGUAAUGGCGGGUGGAUUUUCGGAGUCCAAAGUAGUUCAAGAAGAAGUCAAGGGCGUUUUAAAGAAAUACCCGAGGAUAGAGUUGAUAAUUCCGGAGGAUGGGGGACUCGCGAUCGUGCAAGGAGCUGUGUCAUAUGGUUUCAACCCAAGGAUUAUUUCGACCCGCAGAUCAAGAUACUCGUAUGGAAUUAGUACAUCGGUUCCAUUUGAUAUCAGAAUUCAUCCAGUAGUACAUCGUGUCAAAUCAAGAGACGGAUCCUACAGAUGUGAAGACAUAUUCAAGGUGUUCGUAAAAAAGGGUGAAAAAGUGAUCCCUGGACAGACAACAGCUAGUUACGAAUUCUACCCCUCCCAGUCCGCACGAGAACACCAAACGAUUGAGGUAUACAAGUCUGAAGCAGAUGAUCCACCGAUGCUUAUUACCGAGUGUCAGAAAGUAGGCUUCAUGCGUUUCACCAUGCCAAAUAGUUAUAUAACCGGAAAGACUGUCUCAGUGCAAAUGAAGUUCGGCGGUACACAGGUGAAAGUCACCGCAGACGUCAACGGUUUACGUGGUAAUGAACCUAUGGAAGCCUCUUUUGAGUGGUUAUAACAAAUACUCGCAAAUAAUACGUGUGUCAUCCGUUCAUUUCCAAGUGAAAAAUACGUACAAUGCAGUAUUAUGUAUUUUAACCAAUUUUUAAAGACGACAGUGUUUCAAGGCUACGAAAUUAUUAGAUAAAUGCCCAGAAAGCAUAAUACGAUACGCUU